AAAUAAUCGGACUAAAAUUAUUUGCUGUUUAAUUUUAAAAAUUAGGAAGUUGAAGUUUUUUUUAAAAUCUUUAUGACAUACUUAUUAUACCUUGAUAUAAUGACCAGUAACAAAAAGUACAAUUUCGUUAGCUCCGAAAAUCGGAAUUUGCUCAUCGAUCACAUUUACAGGGAUGGCAUGACUAUAAGAGAGGCGGCUACAAAACUGAAUAUUAAUUACUCCGCGGCUAGGAGGAUAAAAUCGAUAUUCACCAAGACAGGUGCCACCGUUCCUAACAAACGCGGAAAACCUCCUAUGAGGAAAAUUACGGACCCCAUCAUCGCCCUGAUAGUGGAAGAAACCGGAAAAUGUGAUAAAUUAACGCUCAACGAUAUUGCGAAAAAAGUAAAAGAGGCUUUCGACGUUAAAAUAAGUAAAUCGACGGUACGUAACGAGUUGGUGAAAUUGAAGAUUACACUCAAUAGAUCUCAUCGAAAAUUUUAUAGGUUUGAUCACAAAAACUCGUCACCCAAGAACGUUCCACCGCUCGAAAGAGCAGACGCAACUUCCGCGAAAAAUAAAGAAGAAAGAAGUAAUUAUUAUGCCAAUAUGCGAAGGGCUUUUCAAAUCACGUGAUUAAGUCCUUUUUCAAAUUGUUACAGAAAAAAAAAUAUGUAGAUUUUAAUGUUAAAAAAAUUAAUUGUGAUAAUGAACUCGGUAUUUUUUA